CACAGAGAAAACCAUUACGCAGAAGAGACGCAACUUCGGUGGCCGUUUCCACGAAAUAUACUGGGUGAAUGUAGAUGGUGUUUGUGUUUUUAAUUGAUUUCCACGCUGGUGCGUGGAUCAGGCUUGAAGAGAGACAUAAUAAGAAGAAGGAGAUAGUGUGUCUGCUAAUUGGGAUGAGAGUUCAAGUCAAGUGAAACGGCAGAUUGGACCUUUAAAGCCUCUUAACGCAGGUGGCGCGGGGAAUACAGCGCAAGGGUUGUGUGUUUAUGUGCCGUGUUUGUCUUUGUGUCAUUCCCAGUGGAAAUCCACCCUGGACACAGCAGCAAGGGGGUGAUCAGGUGUGUGUGUGUGUGUAGUGGUUAGGUGGGUGGGUGGGGGAUAAAUCAAAGCGGAGACAGUGGUUAGUCAUGGUUUCUCUGAACUGGACGCGAUGAAGUGGCUCUGCGGGAGUUUCAGGGUUUAAGACCGCAGAAGGAGGAGAGCUGGGCGGGCGGACGGACGCAGGGAGGGACGAGGAAAGGGGGCACCACCACCUUCACCACCGGCGCCGCAGCCAGAGCGCACAGCACAGCCCCCAACCCCCUUGACGCAGUGAUGGAGAGCCCGAGAGCGCACGGGAUAACGAGACUCGAACCCAGAAACCGGAGCGGAGAGACCACCAUGAGGACUGACAGACACCGGGGACACCUCCACCUGCAGCGGACUGUGGUUUUCCUCGUGGCGCUGACGAUACAACCGCAGGCUGUUUGGGCCGCGGGGGUGUUCGAACUUCAGAUCCGCCACUUCCAGAACCCACACGGUCUCCUGCAGACCGGAGACUGCUGCGACCUCCAGAGCGGCGGGGGACAGCGCUGCUCUGCCAGAGACCCGUGUGACACUUUCUUCCUAGCCUGCCUCAAGGAGUACCAGGCCCGGGUCAUCUCAACCGGAGCCUGCACCUUCGGGUCAGGCAGCACAGGGAUCCUGGGUGGAAACUCCCAGUCGCUCCGCCACGGAGGACACGACGGAGGAAGAGGAGGAGAAGAUGGGACUAAUGGACACAUUGUCAUUCCCUUCAAAUACGCUUGGCCGAAGUCUUUCUCUCUUGUGUUGGAGGCUCUGGACCACGAUAACGACACAGCAGAGUCAGGCCAGUUAAUCGAGCGAGUCCUCCUCUCCUCCAUGUUGAACCCCGGUGAACAGUGGCAGACGCAUCGUCACCACGGACGGGUGCUCAGUCUGGAGUACCGUCUUCGCUUCCGCUGUGACUCCAACUACUACGGACCUUUCUGCAACAAACUCUGCCGGGCCCGUGAUGACUUCUUCGGUCACUUCAGCUGCGACCCCAGCGGCUCCAAGGUCUGCAUUGAGGGCUGGACGGGGCCCGAGUGCAAAGAAGGUUUAAUGUGUCAUUACGGCUGGAAAGGUCCUCUGUGUGACCAGUGUGUGACGUUCCCCGGCUGUGUGUACGGGAGCUGCACCGAGCCCUGGCAGUGUGUGUGUGACGUCAACUGGGGAGGACUGCUGUGUGACAAAGAUCUGAACUACUGUGGCACCCACCAGCCCUGUAAAAAUGGUGGGACCUGCACCAACACAGAGCCCAACGAGUACAAGUGUGAGUGCCAGGACGGUUUCAGAGGACGUAACUGUGACAUUGUGGAACAUGCGUGUUUGUCGUCCCCAUGUAUGAACGGAGCCACAUGUGUGGAGGAUCAAACAGGCUUCAGCUGCAUCUGCACCGACAGCUGGACCGGAAACACCUGCACUGAUGCGGUGAGGCAGUGUGAUCGGAGCCCUUGCGGACGUGGAGCGACGUGCGAGGAGGCUCCUGGAGGUUACAGAUGUCUCUGCCCACCUGGGUGGACUGGCAGGACGUGUCAGCUGGACACCAAUGAGUGUGAAAUUAAUAUCUGUGUUCACGCCCGCUCUUGUCGCAACCUGAUCGGUGGAUACCUGUGUGACUGCCUCCCUGGAUGGACGGGUCCUAACUGUGACAUCAGGAACAGCAGCUGUCAGGGUUUGUGUUUGAAUGGAGGACGUUGUGAGGACCAGGUGUCAGGAUCCAGAUGCUGGUGUCUGCCUGGUUUCUUGGGAAAAUAUUGUCAAAAUGGUCCAAGUCCAUGUCUCAGCGCUCCCUGUCUCCACGGGGGACAGUGUGUGGAGAGGGAUGGAAAGAUCGCAUGCAACUGUCCCAUGGGAUUCUCAGGGACCCUCUGUGAGGUCGCGUUGGAUCUAUGCAAUCCCAACCCCUGCCAACAGGGGGUGCCCUGUCACAUCACCGAAGGCAGGUACAUGUGUGCCUGUCCUGAGGGUUACUAUGGUAACGAGUGCAAAAGCCUCAAGAAUCCCUGCACUGGUCAACACUGUCCCGGUGCCAUGUCUGACACGCCACACGGCAUCAGCUUCUACAUGAUCCUGGUGUGCGUCUUAGCGUUAGUGACUGUCUGUGGUUGCGCGGCCUGUGCCUUCAUCCUUUCCCACCUCCAUCGAAAGCGGAAAAAGCAGCAGGCCGUCCCGCAGGAGGAGGGCAUCAACAACCAGAGGGAGUUUGUCAACCUCAUCAGAAACGUGGACCGUCCCGUGCCCCUCCUGCCACCCACUGCCCCUCUCACGCAACCCCUCGCCCCCGCCCCUGUCUCACGCUGCUACGAGGAGAUUGAACUGACGCUGCCGCCCUCCCCGGCCCCCUCGCACCCGUCCCCCGCGCUAAAGCCUGUCCACGCUCCCAAACAGGACAUUUCCAACCGCGACAGAGAGAAGUUGAACCGCUUCCACUCCAUGGAGAACCAGGAACUGGAGGUCUGACCUUUGACCUCUGAGGCAUCUGAGGAGCUUUUUUUAAUUUUAUUUUGCAUCCUCUGCACUCUUUCGCCCACAGGGCCCUGUCUCCAGGUGCUGCCACUAUAUCACAGUUGCAGUUAUGAAAACGGGACGACCCUUUGACCUUUACGUGCUCAGAUGACAGACACCUGAGAAGCAAAGGCUGCUAAGUGGAGGGGUCAAAAGUCUUACUUCGUCUUUGGGCCUAUUUUGACGACUGUGACAAGCAGCGAAUGCACAAUGUUUGACUGAAAGACUCUUCAGGCUCUUGAAUUAAUGUGGAGACGUGAAGAUGGAGUGCCUGACGUGCUGUGGAGAGGAAACAGAGGAUCAUCUUCUGCAGGAGCCUCUCAACAUGUUUCCUGGUCCACGAUGCCACGAUCACUAGUGUUCAGACCUCCAGUUCUGUUUUAGACUGAACUCAGACAGGCCGAGCAAUGAACGGAUGUUUAUUUAACACAGCGUGUUUCUGUGUCUGGGUGUUCGUAAUUGUGUGUGUGUGUGUGGUUGAAAGACAAAGAGAGAGUGUAUAAUAUGAGUGUGUGGGAGGAAAAAAUCAAACAAAGAUGAUAUACUUGUGAAAAGAGAGUGUGUACUCCUGAGCUUCUUAAAACUGUUUUCAAACUAUACACUGUUGCCUGCAUUGUCUCUGUGAUACUACAGUAUGUUAAAGAUGUAUGAUUGUUUCAUACCUGGGUGUAAAAUAGCUUUUUGUACAUAUUGUACAUAUUGUUGCUCUUUUUGUACUGUGGUUUGGUCUGAAAUCAUUUCUUUACUACUUUGCUCUAUUUGUCCCAGUUCACUUUCCCUCUCAAGCAAACAGCACAUGUGGAUUGUAAUAAAGGAGCA